AUGAAAAAUGAAGACUGGAUCAUCCAACGAAUCAUAAAAACCGAAAAACGCCCGGAUGCCAAGGGGAAAAUGGUGGAAUUUGCGCUGGUGGAUUGGGAAGAAACCUGGGUGCCCCGAGAUAUGUUGGCGCUGACUGAUGAAGAAAUUACGGUCCCAGAAGAAGUAGAAGUGGAAGGGCCUCUCGAGGAAGGUAAAGGAAAAGGCCUGACCGGUGAUCGUCUAUGGGUGAUUACGAUUAAGAAGAAGGGAAGAAACCCGGAACGCCAAAGCAUCCGCUACGACGAUUUGCGAUCCCGUUUCCGCCUUCCGCUUUUGGAUUAUUUUGAGAGUUGUGCUAGCCUAAAGUCAGGAAAAAGUUCACGGGCCAAGCAAGUGCAAGAGCCGAUGGAACUCGAUCAAGGCGACGAGAAGGAAAAUAGAAAUCGGAGGAAGGCCAGGAAUAUGUCCACGGAAUCUCCCACUAAAGAAAUGAUGGAAACUGAGAGCAGUACUCCCGGGCGUCGAAGUGUCGGACGAAGGGCUAAGAAU